AUGGAGAAAUUCUUGAGAGAUUGGCGGCAGGAUGCUAUGAACAAGCACCAAUACGACUCGGCAAUAUUUAUUGGAGAUAAAUUGCUAGCUAUAACAAAAAGUGAUAAGGAUGCAUUUUGGCUUGCACAAGUGCAUUUCUCCACGGGGAACUAUACAAGAGCUCAGAGCUUCCUCACCAAACAAGACUUAAUAGCUCGAAAUCCAUCCUGUCGGUACCUUGCAGGCCAUUGUCUGAUAAAACAAUCGAGAUUCGAAGAGGCUUUGAGUAUACUUGGCGAGAAGAAUCCUACACAUUUAAUAUCAACGGCCGGUCACAACAGAAAAAAACUACAGCACACGAGAGGCCAUGCACGAAAUGGAUCAACGACACAGAGCAGUCGGCAUAGACAAGAUGAGAUAGCAAAAGAUGAAGCGGCAAAUGUCAAAUUCGAAGCUGCAAUGUGCUUUCUACGAGGACUUUGCUAUGCUAAACAAAAUGCUUUUGAUAGAGCGAAAGAAUGUUACAAAGAUGCUGUUCGAAUAGAUGUACAAUGCUUCGAAGCAUUCGAACAGCUUAUGAAGAACUGUCUGAUGUCACCAGAAGAGGAAUGGCAAUUUCUAGAAUCCCUGGAUUUCGAUACUAUAUCCGUUACGGACGAUACUUCAUCCUCCCAAGAAGCUGCCGAAUUUACAAAAAUGCUUUAUACCACUCGACUUUCGAAAUACAAAAACCCAGCUGCGUUUACAACAGCGACAGAAACUCUUUCAACACAUUACAACCUUGCUACAAAUCCAGAUCUUUUAUUAUCUAAAGCGGAUUUGUUUUUUACACAAUGCAGGUUUAAGGAUGCUUUAGCUAUCACAAAUUCUAUCCUUGAGGAAGACAAAUACAAUUUUAGUAUAUAUCCUUUGCAUUUAGCAUGUCUGUACGAAUUACAACUGAAGAAUGCUCUGUUCCUCGUAUCACACGAUCUAGCGGAUAAUCAUCCAGAGGAGCCCUGUACAUGGCUUGCGGUAGGCAUUUAUUAUUUGGCCAUAAACAAAGUAGCUGAAGCUCGACGCUAUUUCAGUAAAGCCAGUAUGAUGGAUCCUCAUUUUGGACCUGCUUGGAUUGGAUUCGCCCAUACUUUCGCAGCAGAAGGAGAACAUGAUCAAGCAAUCUCAGCAUAUUCGACAGCAGCAAGACUUUUCAUGGGCACUCACUUGCCUCAACUAUUUCUAGGCAUGCAAAAUCACAUGCUAAACAAUAUGACUCUAGCCGAUGAGUUCUUGAAAACUGCGUAUGAACUCUGUAAAACGGACCCAUUACUUCUGAACGAGAUGGGAGUAGUAUUUUAUCACCAAGAACGACUCGAAGAUGCUGUUUUGAUAUUAAGGAAAGCUCUCGAAAUUGCUGAAGAGAUUGACAGUGAUCCACAAGCUUGGAUAUCCACUCGCUCGAAUCUGGGUCAUGCAUAUCGACGUCUUCAUCAAUGGGAUGCCGCCUUGGCAGAAUUUGAUGCGGUACUUCGGCAGGGUGGAAAAGAUCCGGCUAUCUUUUGUGCAAAGGGUUUGGUGUUAAUGGAGCAGAGGAAACCUUUUGAAGCCGUUUUGAUGUUUCACGAAGCACUUGCCAUUUCACCCCAAGAUGCUAUUGCAACCGAAUUGCUUAAUAAAGCCUUGGAAGAAACGGCCAUUCAUGGUAUCAAUGGGAGUAGGAUUUUUGAUGACGAGGAAGAUGAUAUCGAGAGGGAAUUAUCAUUGAGGAAAGAUGAGGUUUUGGCAAGUUUAAGACCAAGCAGAGCGAAAGGAAAGGGGAAGUCGAGGAGCAAAGUGGUGGUAAAUGAAGUCAACUCAAUGGAACUUAGUGAUGGUGAUUAG